AUGGAACUGCGAAAUAAAUUUUCUUUGAAUGAUAUGUUAUUAAGUUAUGGACCCUGUCAAUUUCCAACUCUUGGAUUUGUGGUUGAUCAUUACAAAAGGGUCCAGUCAUUUGUCUCGGAACCCUUUUGGUAUAUUGAAGUACAACAUAAGGUAAAAGAAAAUUCAACGACACACAAGGUUUUAUUUCAAUGGAAUCGAAAACACCUAUUCGAUGAAUUAAUCGUUCAAAUGCUACACACUCGAUGCAAACAAGCGACACAUGCUACAGUUACCCGCGCUACACGCAAGUCCACGAAAAAGCGAAAACCCACUCCUCUAACAACUGUUGAGCUCCAGAAAAACCUUUCUCGCAUGACAGGAAUGGCACCGAAAAAAAUUCUUGACGUGGCCGAAUCACUGUAUCAGCGGGGAUUUCUGUCGUACCCACGCACGGAAACCGAUCAAUAUGACAAGGAUUUUGACUUUCUUGCAUUAAUUCAAAAGCAAAAAAAUGAUCGUACAUGGGGUACAUUGGCCACAGAACUCUAUUUAUCCGCUUCAGGUUCUCACGCAGACGGCCAUCUUCAAUUCGAGCCUCCGCGAAAUGGACGAAAAAACGACAAAGCUCAUCCCCCUAUUCACCCGACUAGUCACGCUAAUGACCUCUCAGCUGACGAAAAGAAGGUGUAUGAGUAUGUGACCAGACGAUUUUUGGCUGGUUGUGCUACAGAUGCUUUGGGAGAAGAAACCAGAGUAGAAAUCGAACUUGCUGGGGAGUGUUUCCAUACGACUGGCCUGGUGGUGCUUGCACUUAACUAUUUGGAAAUAUUUACGUACGAGAAAUGGGACAAUAAAUGGAUGCCUGGAUUUCAUGAGCAACAACAGUUUGAACCAGAUAAGGUUGAAUUAAAAAAAGGGACAACCUCAGCCCCUAGCUUGCUGACAGAGGCAGAUCUCGUUAAUCUUAUGGACAAGAAUGGGAUUGGAACUGAUGCAACGAUCGCAGAGCACAUCAAGAAAAUCAUUGACCGCCAGUAUGUUGUGACACAGAAACAAGGGAAAAUUAACUACUUAAUUCCAUCAACUCUGGGCAUGGGACUUGUUGAAGGUUAUGAAGGUAUGGAGGUUAGCCAACAUCUUUGCAAGCCUAUGUUGCGGCGAGAAACUGAAGAGAAACUCGGCUUGGUUGCCCAGGCGCAAAUUUCCAAACAAGAAACAGUCUCGCAAAGUUUGCAAGAGUACAAGACCAUAUUCGGGGCAGUGAAAAGCGAUUUUACUACGGUAAUUCAGGUAAAGUAUAAGAAUGAGCUCAUGAUAGGCCGUGGGCAAAUACAUGCAGUUACAAUCCGAUACGAAUGCUACGAAUUCGGGGACUGUAUCUUGCUUCAAUGUCACUGUAAUCUUCCGUGCUCAAGAGCAAUUGAUUCUAGUUCAAAUCAAGAAUAUUGGGCAUGUGCACAAAUUGAUGAUCUAGGUAUUUCGUGUGGGUUCUUUCGUUGGCUUCAACAACCAAUUUUAGACCACACUCAAAACGUUUCGUCUGUUAAUGGACGAGGGGGGAAUAUGCGCAAACGAACACAACCUGACGAUAUAAUGUGUGAUUGCGAUCUUGUGGCAAAACGCUGUCUGACCCAAAGGGUACGAGAAGCAUAUUAA